AUGUUCACUCCAAAGCCGACUGCAGUAGUUCUUCACCUUCUAACAAAAAAUGGACCUCAGACUAGUAAACAAUUGGCACGUCAUCUACCAGAUUUCCCUCAAUUAAAGUCAAAAAACUAUCUUAAAAAAUAUAUUUUGAAGAACAUGAAACUUCGAGAACAACUUUUUAAAAAGAAGUCCAGAAAUCCCGAAUUAACAAAGUCAGCAGGCGACAAGGCAGCAUAUUUAUGGUUUAUUAACAAUGAGAAGGUCGAUACAGAAAAAUAUAAAAAAUUACCAGUCGGAGGUGGUCAAUCAUAUAAAAAAAGAUUACCAAUUGCUAAUG